UACGCAGUCACACACAAGACAAGUAAGUAUUACUAGUAGUUAGUUCUGGACCCAAGUCUCUUCAAUGUUUCAAUGGGCAAUGCUCACGGUAAACUCUUCUAACCACUCACAGACUCCUGCAAUAUUCAUAGUCACUAGUUGCGCGGAUCGGAGAGCUAUAGGGUGCCCAUCGAAGAAGGGAGUCUCACGAAUAGGUGACGUGGAGAGCGGCAGAGCGGCAAGAGACUUGUAGCAGCGAUACAGAGGAACCACGCUUCAGUUUUGAUUUGCAGCGAGUUACGCUUGCAUGUCUGGUGUUUCUUGGGCGCGUUCGCAGACGCUGACUGGUACGUCAGUAUACGUCCUUUUGCUGGUGUGGUGCGGGUACCUAGGAGAAUCUACUAGUACUAGAUCUACAGCUGUUGUUUAUCCCACCGAUCAGGUGACUCGAGUCGCGAGGUACCACUGCCACUGCCACUAGACCAUCAUCAUGCUCGUGUGUGCAACUACCGGUAGCUCCCGGACGGAGAGUGGUCGCUCCGGCAAGUUCGGCGUGCGGGCCGCGUACAUGUACACGCCGCCAGUCCUAGCGGACUACAUACACGUUGUCCUAUUCGUCCUUGCUAGCGUAUUGCAGAUGGGACUGAGGAGCGACGCAUUAUACUGUGCAUCCGGCGCACAGCUAUCCCAGACCUGCGUGAACGAGAGAGGGCUGAAAGGUUACUCGUGCGAUGCUCCGAACUGCGAGAUCGAUUUCGACAACAACGUGCACGACGGUCUGCCGCUUGGACGGGGCUUCGACUUUUCCAAGGCUGCAGACACCAUCUACACGAGUAAGCCGGCCAUUCUGGCCGUCAAAUACUGCAAAGACGUAAGCGCCCUGAAGAUCAGCAACUACCGACUGCCGUGCGAAGUCCUGAACAGCCUUGAUCCGUCGUUUAAUGCCAACGCGAUCUGCGUGAACAAGACCUAUCACACACUGAGGGAUUACGUCAGGGCCAUCUCGUCCAAUGCCAGAUUUGGCGCGUACGAUGACCUGGACUUGUUGAUGAGUGGUGGUGGUUCAGGGCUGGUGGAACGCAUUCGUGAGACUCAGGGAAUCACGGCCCUGUGUGACCGCUUCUUGAAGACGAAGACGAUCAGCAUUCGGCCGGAGUGCGUGGAGCUGACGCCGACGUUCCUUCGCUAUCUGGCGCAGCUGGACGAGACAGACUUCAGACACCCGUCGUACCGGGCUCUGCUCGAGACCCACGGCACUCACGUUAUCGUCGGCGUGCACAUGGGCGGUCGUCUACAGGCACACAGCUUGAUAUCGGCGUGCCACGCGGAGAACUUCCGCAGCGCUAAGGCAACGGUGGAUGCGGGCCUCCUGGACGUCAUCAACUUCCACCUAGGAGUGAAGAGCAGCUUGUCUCAGGCGGCGCGGGACGUCAACGCACAGGCAUCUGUCACCGUCCACGGUGGCAACGCCAGCUAUACAAACUUCUCGCGGUGGAUGGACUAUGCGCACUCUGUACGCGGCCAGGAGGCGGUGAUCAGCUUCAGUGAGUUGAAGCCGCUCGACGAGCUAGUCGAGUGUAGCGUCAGUACGGCAGACGACAUUCCCCGCAUGGCCAGGAUUGCGCCGCUACUCAGGAUGGCCCUGCACGACUACAUCAACAGCUCUCAGAUCGCACCGCCGCAUGGCUUCAGCGGUGCCGUCCCGCUUGCUGACUACUGCAAGAAAGUUGUGUAGUACUACUAUGUGUUGCAAGUUACAGUGGGCCGUUGGUUGCCUGCUGAAACCCGCAGAUUUCUGCGCUGCAAAUUCGCCCUGCAUGCUAUAUCUUUUCCUUCUUUUUACCAUGGUUGGCUAUCACCCACAUCUUCCCGUUUUGGCUGCCAUCGGAAGCCUUAAGAUGUUGAAUGAAUAGGAUGAGCUUUCUUUUUUUAUGGCAGCUUAAGCGAAGGCUAUAUACCUGCUUUAUGCAGGUUGAUGCCAACGCGAACAAGCAAAAUAAUAAUAAUAAUGAAUAAAUAUAUAUAUGCUAAGUGGUUA